AUGGCGACACAAACCAUCCAGACCCAGUCUGCUCCCCUCCCGCUCUAUGUCCAUCCACCAGAGACUAAGGAGCCCAUCAACUAUGCAGACUUGGCCAUUAUCGAUCUUGGUGAAUUCGAUAAACCUGGGGGUAAAGAAAAACUCGCGGCUCAGUUGAAAGACGCGGCGCACAACGUGGGUUUCUUCUACGUCACCAACUUCGGCCUCAGUCAAGACGAGAUCAAUCGUCACUACGCGAUCGGACGUGAAUUCUUCGCCCUGCCGGAAGACGUACGCAGGUCCUACCGAGCACCCCUCGAAGAGGGCAUCUACAAUGGCUACCGGCCACUGGGAUCCAUUCAAGUCCUCCCGGGUCUGUGGGACAACAUUGAGUUCUACAACAUCAUGAAGUUCUUGCCGCAGUAUGAGCGCGACCACCCUGAAGUAUUCCGUCGGCGCUGGCAAGAGAUCGAACGGUUCCACCGCCACGUCCACGAGCACAUCGGGUACAAAUUGCUUCAGCUUCUCGCCAUCAUCCUCGAGCUCCCCGAAGACCAGAUCUCAGACGGUCAUCGGUACGAGUCGAAUUGCGACAGCGGUCUCCGCUACAUGAUGUACCGCGCCCGUCCAGCGGAGGUGAACGAGCAGUUCAAGGACCUCUAUUCGCGCGGCCACACUGACAACGGCACGAUUACGUUCCUUUUCCAACAGCCGGUCGCCGCCCUCCAGGUGAAAAAAUACGAGGAUUCCCCCUGGGAAUGGAUUCGGAUUCCUGAAGGCACUAUGUCUGUCAACAUCGCCGAUAUGCUGUCCAUCCUCUCCAACGGGUAUCUGAAGAGUGGCGUGCAUCGCGUCACGGUCCCUCCCAAGGACCAGCAAAUGCAAGACCGUUUGGGUCUGUUGUACUUUGUGCGGCCUAGCGAUCGACUGACUUUGAAGAGCUUUGACAGUCCCCUCCUCCGGCGCUUGGGGUACUACCAGGAGGGCAAGAACAAUGAAAUCGAUGUCCCUGCUCCGGAGUGGACGCGGGCGCGGAUCAAGACGAACUGGUCGCGAUCGCCGACGGAUGUCAAUGCAGGGACUCAGUUGGCGGGGUUUUCGGUGAAACACUUCCGUGAUUAA